AUGGAACUCAAUGAAGAAAAAGGGGUAAAAACUAACUCAGAUAGACUCACUUGUCCUUAAUUGCAAUAAACUUGCAAUGGAUUAUCUUCGCCAAGAAAACUAUUCAGAAUCUCUUCAGCAGCUUUCCCGAGCACAAGAGCUUCUUAGGUUUAGUGAAAAAUCCCCAAUUAGUUUAAAACUUUUGGCGAUCACUAAUAAUAACAUUGGCUGCUACUACAAAAAACUUGGAAAGCAAAAACUUGCACUGCAAUGGCUGCUUAAAGCACUUAACUUUGAUGCUUUUUCCUCAGCAGAUCGUACAAAUCUCGCAGCAACUCAUCUAAAUAUAUGUGCUAUUUAUUCCCAGGCUGAAAGACAUGACAAAGCACUUCACCAUGCAAUAACUGCCCUCCAGAUUUUAAAAGAGGUGUAUGACCGUGAUGGCCCUGAUGGUGUAAUUAAUACAUUGAUUUUGGUGCUGUAUAGCGCAGGUGUCGAAUAUGAGUUUUUAAAUGAUAUAAGAAAAGCAGAAGAAACAUAUAAAUGUGGCUUGGAUAUGGCGACACAAAAGCUAGGAAAUUCUCACCCUUUGACUCAAAAAUUGGCAUCUAGUUAUGACAUGAUCAAAAAUAAUAAAAAUAAUGACAAAAAGCUAGGAAAACUGAAUUCCAGUUUUGGUUAUGCUGCAGUUAAGUCAUUAUUGCAUUCAAAAAUAGCGCAAUUGGAUAAUACUUUGCCUCAAAUAAAAUCAUCAAAUAGAAGAUAUAAUCAAACAAACAGAACAAGUGCACGCCCUUUAUCUAAAAAUUCAAAGGUGAAGACUCCUAAGUCUUUGGAAAAUUCGAUGAAUAGGAGUGAAAUAAUUGAAAAUGCACCUAGCCAGCAGUCUUAUAUUCAGCAUAACUCUGCAAGGUUAAGUUCUGUAAACCCUCCCUCUAAAGCGAGGCUAGUAUUUAAAAGAGGGAGAUCAGUGCCAAAAGAAGCUAUUGACCAAAAUUCCAUUCUUAAAAUUAAAGAAAAAUUUGGAGAAAUUCAAGCGAAAAUAAAUGGCUUUGAGAAAAAAUUCAAACCUGAAGUAAAAAAAGCUUACUUAUUACAUAUCGAAAAGCUCGCUGUAGUUCAUCGAAGGAUUUUUUCCACCUGUAGCAUACACUUUGCCUGCUCGCUAAUUCGUAUACAACUUGCAAAGGUUGUUCCUGCCGGAUGAGGGCCUGCACUCACCACUCGGUAGUUGGAUAAAAUGCGUCACCAUGUCGUACGUCAGCAAAUUUGCCUAUUAGGAAAAUUCAAAAUGGCUGAAUUUUCUGGCUGACUCUCGGCCGAAAUGGAAUCCGAAACCCAGGACGUAACUCCUAGCCUUCAUGCUGGGGAACAGUCCCGAUUGGCCAAAAUGAGCGCUACUGGCUGUACUGUGAAACUCUUGGACCAAUUUCCCUCUGAGUUAAGGAGCCUAGAUUAGGAUUAAAGCUUACAGUCGGAUAUAUUCGGCAUUGCGCUUUCACCAAACCAGAAAAAUCUAGUCGGAUACAUAUUCCUGAACAUCAUUCUCCCUUCCUAAUGCCUCUGUAGAAUACUAACUACCGGAGCUAAGAGGGUAGGUUGGUUCGCCAUGCCAUUAUAAUGAUAAAGUAAAAAAAUCAGAAACAACCCAGAAUAAUAACAAGUCCUUGAGAGAGAAGAGUGCAACUACAAUACAAAAGUAUUGAAGAGGGUAUAUAGCUAGAAAAUAUUAUAGCAAAAACCAAGCAAAGCUGAAGGCUUUAUCUGCUGUUGCAGAAUUAGAAAGAAUUAAAAAAGAAGGUUUUGGUAUAUUCAAUGAAGUUUCUCGAACGGAAAAGCCUGAUAUUAAUUAUAAAAAUACAACAAAAAAAUCAGAAAAAGAGCAAAAACUCCAAAAUCAGAAACUAAUUCCACAUAAACCCGAUAAAACUGAAUCUCAAGAUAAGCCAAAUUUUAAUAAAAGCAAAUACUUGGCUAAUCCUCUCUUAAAAGGAUAUAAAGGUGGAAAUAGAAUAAAAAGAAACUUGCUGAAUCCAAUAGAAGAAACAAAAUCUGAAAAUAAAGAACUCUCAAUUGUAUUAAUUCAAGCUCAAAUUAGAAAAUUUUUAGCAAGAAGAAAAUUUCUUAAAAUGAAAAAUUCUGCAAUUGCUAUUCAAAAAAUAGUAAGAAGGCACCAAUGCAGGAACCUAUUUCAGAAUAUUCGAAAUGCAGUUUUGUAUAUUCAAUACUAUUGGAGGCAUUAUAUUUUAAAAAAGAAAACCCAUAAGGCUGUGUAA